AAAUUAGAUUUUUAAUUCCAAAUUUACAGUAAAAAUAUAACAUUUUAUGAAACUAAACAAUUGACAUAAUAGUACAAAAAUAUGAAAAAAAUUCAAAAUACUAUCCGCGCGUAGCGCGGACAAGGACCUAGUAAUUUAUAAUAAGACUAGUAAAAUUAAUAUUAGUUUAUUAAUUAUUAUUUUAAACCGCAAUUGACAGUUCAGCUCCACGUAAGCCUCAAUUAACGGAAAUAUCAUCAUCCACAAACGUUUGACUAACAGAAAAAGUUAACGAAUGAUUUAACCUAGUUUUAUUAGUUCGUGUAUGUAAUUUAAAAUAAAUCUAUGUUUAUGUAUGUUUUUGCAUAUGUCGUCAGUAUAUGUAUUGAUCGGGACUGGAAGGUUCUAUUGAAGUAUGAAUUGGUUGUUUUCCCUAUGGGUGACCAAGUGAAACAGUGAUAGGGUUGAUAUGCUUGAGAUGAUUUGUUUCCUUGUAUAGAAUAACAAAACAAAACUUCAACAAUAAGAAAUCACUCGCCCAUAUCAAUUAGUUACAAAAGUAAAAGGAUGUGCUUGCAUCUAUAACAAUUAUCUUUCUUUUACUGGACCAAAAUUUUCUUCCGUUAAAAAUUUCUCACCAUUUUGUAUAACCAGUUUUUUCUUUAAAAGUGAUAUUAGGCGGCUCCGUUUUCAAAAAUUGUUAUUUUGCUUUUAAAACAAGUCAGAAUCAUUUUCUCCAAAAUAAUAAGUUUGAGCAUAGAGGACGUAUUGUUUUCAUCAACUGAAAGAAAAUAACGUAGAGAAAAAAAAACAUUCGAACAUGUUGAGAAAAUAACGUAGAGAAAAAAAAACAUUCGAACAUGUUGAGCCUUAACUGUAUAUCUUUUGGGAAAAAAAACAGAAUGAUGUGUAAUGAAAAGAAUCGACGUGGGCUUACACAAGCACUAGAAUCUUAUAUGAAAGAACAUACUCAAAGUGAUAAUCACGAGUGUACAUAUUAGCCGCCAACCGCCACACAACAAAAGACAUACACUAGACUUAUUCAUCUUUAAGCCGAGCAAAAUCUCAUGGACUCGGCUCAAACUGAUGGCGUAUACCAACCCCUUCUCCAGCCUGAUCAGCUUUCUCCUUUGCCGGAGUCGAACAACUGCGAGUUAGAGAGAGUGCUGGCCGAUGUUGAAACUCCCCUGUUUCUCCGCCUGCGUAAAGCCACAAUGAUUGAAACCAAGCUUCUUUUCAAGCUUGCUGCGCCUGCUGUGAUUGUCUACAUGAUAAACUACCUCAUGUCCAUGUCUACUCAAAUCUUCUCCGGCCAUCUCGGAAACCUAGAACUCGCUGCCGCUUCUCUCGGAAACCGCGGAAUACAAGUCUUCGCCUACGGUCUCAUGCUAGGAAUGGGGAGUGCGGUUGAGACGCUAUGUGGACAAGCGUUUGGAGGUAGAAAAUACGAGAUGCUCGGCGUUUAUCUCCAGAGAUCCAUCGUGUUGCUCACUCUCACCGGCGUCCUCCUAACGUCAAUCUACGUCUUCUCUGAAAACAUUUUGCUUUUCCUCGGACAGUCACCGGAAAUAGCUUCCGCCGCGUCUCUCUUCGUCUACGGUCUCAUUCCUCAAAUCUUUGCCUACGCCGUAAACUUCCCUAUCCAGAAGUUCCUCCAGUCGCAAAGCAUCGUUGCACCGAGUGCUUACAUCUCAACGGCCACUCUUUUUAUUCACCUUCUCUUAAGCUGGCUCGCUAUAAACCAGCUUGAGAUUGGGCUUCUUGGAGCGUCGCUCGUGCUCAGCCUCUCGUGGUGGAUUAUAGUGGCGGCUCAGUGUGUUUACAUAGUGACGAGUGAACGGUGUCGGGAGACGUGGGGAGGGUUUAGUGUGCAAGCUUUCUCGGGGCUACCGAGUUUCUUCAAACUGUCCGCCGCCUCUGCCGUGAUGCUCUGCCUUGAGACUUGGUAUUUUCAGAUCUUGGUUCUUCUUGCCGGACUUCUCGAGAAUCCGGAACUUGCUCUUGAUUCUCUCUCCGUUUGUUUGACGAUUGCAGGUUGGGCGUUUAUGAUAUCUGUUGGAUUCAACGCAGCGAUUAGUGUAAGAGUGAGUAAUGAACUAGGAGCUGGGAACCCUAAAUCAGCAGCGUUUUCUGUAAUCAUCGUCAACAUAUAUUCGUUAAUCACAAGUGUGAUUUUAGCCAUUAUAGUUUGGCUGUGCCGUGACGUUUUGAGCUACGCGUUCACCGAAGGUGAAGAAGUCUCAGCUGCGGUUUCAGAUCUUUGCCCGUUUUUGGCUGUAACGCUUGUUCUCAAUGGAAUCCAACCUGUACUAUCUGGUGUGGCGGUUGGAUGCGGUUGGCAAACGUUUGUGGCGAAAGUUAACGUUGGAUGUUAUUAUAUUAUCGGAAUUCCUAUUGGGACUCUCUUUGGGUUUUACUUCGAGUACGAUGCCAAGGGUAUAUGGACGGGAAUGAUUGGUGGUACGCUUAUACAAACGGUUAUUUUGGUCUGGGUCAUACUUAGAACAGACUGGACAAAAGAAGUUGAAAAAGCUUCCAAGAGGCUAGAUAAAUGGAGUAACAAGAAGCCAGAAAUAACUUCUGAAUGAUGUAAUUAAGCUUGGUAUUUCAAUAAACCCAAAAUAUUAUUUGUCCGAACAUAUUACUGUACAUGUAUGUGUUAAUAAAAAUAAAUAAUAACAUUUAGACAUAUUUAUUAAAUUAGGUGAUUUUUCC